AUGGAUUUACCUGCCACGCAAUUGUUGAACGAUGAGGAUGACGAUAGCCUGUCAUCUCAAUCAUUAAAUUCUUCGCAGUUGACUCCUAAAAGAGUUCACCAGGUCGCUAAUUUGUGUAUUGGAAAUAAAAAGUACCCGCUGUUCAGAGGAAUAAACAAGAUAGGUCGGCACCCAGGUUGUGAUGUUUGCAUAAAUGAUUUGGUGAGUAAUUAUGCUUAA